AUGGAGGGUGAGAGGCCGGCCAAGAAGAGACGGCGAACUCCAUACUCGUGUUUGAGUUGUCGUCGAAGGAAAAUCAAGUGCAACAGGGUUCGGCCGAUAUGUAAUCGGUGCACCAUUUCCAAUCUGAAAUGCGAGUACGAUGGCCCUGAGGUUUGGGCACCUUCAGGGGUUUCUGAAACUCCUGCAGCGCCAUCUAAUGGUGUUCCUGUUAGUGUUUUAAAUUUCAAAUCCGAUGUUACGGAAACUCCUGUGAUCGAUCAAUUGCCUCGAGCCCCACAAACUGGCAUUUCGGAGCAAGCCUCGUUGAUCUAUGAGAUCGGCGAUUUGCGAAUGAAACUUGCGUCCAUGGAGGCCAGGCUAUUUACAAUAAUGCCUGAGUCGCAAGAGACGGUGAGCUUUAUUCAGGCUGAACCAAACCCUAAUACGGCCCUGCACAUGGCUAAGAAAAAUCGUUUUAUAUGCGGAGGCUCUUUUCAGCGGAAUAAAAUUUGGCGGGGUGACCCGUUUGCCUGCCAGCUAUUCGACGAUAUGCGUCGCUACAAGGAAGUCAUCAAGGCCGAGAUGCUGGCGAUGUCCAAAACUGAGAGUCCGAACGAUUUACAGCGGCAGGUGAGGAUGCGCAAGAAGGGCCAGAAACGGUUUAUUCUGGAGGAAGGCGAGCAGUUAUCACUCAAAUCGCAGAUGGAGGCUGCAUUGCCGGCCAAGGAAACAAUUCUACGACAUGUGAAUUAUUACCUGCGGACGAUCCACCCGUUGUUCCCCGUGCUCUUGGAAGAAGAGUUUGUGGCCAGCGUCAAUCGCAUUGUGCAAGAAGAAAAAGGGCGCUGUACGUUGUGUUUUGGCCAAAAAUCCGACUAUCUUGUUACGGCAGCGUUACUUUUGGUGAUGCGCUUUUCCUACCAGUCCUUAUUUCUGAAACACCAGGUCGGUGCUCCAUUGAACGGGGAUGAGCUGGUUCUCAUCCAGCAGCCUAUAAAUGCAGAUGUCAUAAAUAUGGUCAACUAUGCGCUAUUUGAGUCCAAUUUUUUGCGCAAAACCAGCAUUGAGUCAUUGCAGGCGCUCAUGCUACUUCGAUUCUACCAGAUCACAUGCCAGGAGGACGGGGACGGUGGUGACGGCACGGACGGCUACAAUAUAAAUGGUCUUAUUUGUCAGAUUGCUUUGGGAAUGGGCAUCAACAGACCUCUCAGAUGUCCUGUGUGGGAUAAGAAGACCUCUAAACUUUAUCACCCACAGAACCAACGGUUGCAACUACUCUGGCAAAGACUUUGGUGGACAUUACUGGAAAUGGACAUGGAGCAUUCAAUUUUGUACGGCAAGAUGCCGAUUUUACUACUCGAAAACAGCGAUCAUGGACCUGCCACAGUAAGUGACUCGGAUAUCAUCAGCGAUCGCAUAAGCAAAAUGAAGAUCAUAUUUCCAUUUCUGCAAAAAUUGCUUGUACAGAUCCAUCAGGUACGCGAAAAGCCACGUGUGGUGGACCUCAUGUCAGCGGUCAGUUUUUUGGACUCGCAACGAGGGCUUUUUCAAUAUAACGGCUAUUUUCAGGAUCCUUACAUGCCACUUCUCUCAACUGUUUCAAACAUGAAGAGCGAGAUCCAUCUGAACAUGCUUGUUUUCAUGAUUAAUUGCUAUCUGAUGCUUCAUUUUGAACGCAACAGAAAAAUCGGCAAUUAUGCUGUCACUUUACAGGCUACUGUUACAGGCUUUUUGCGGAACCUGGCUCUCACAUUUAGAUCAUUCAACCGACUGAAAACCGAUUUUGCCUCUCACAUAAUGUACGUUAUUCACCCGAUGGCUACGUGCGUCUACAAAAGUAUACAAUUUCUGGUUUACCUGGGAGUCCGGUUACUCUCAAUGCAAACGAAAAACGACGAAACACAACCGCUUGUCACAGAGCUGUUGCAGAAAGUGGUUGCAAUCAUGCGCAACUGUGUGAAGCUGCUGGCAAUUAUGGGGGAUCAGGAUUAUCUUUGUUACCGGCUGUAUGAAACGUAUAGCUAUUUGAUGCUGAUCCUGGAGAAUAAAGGAGAGCCAGUGUUUAAUCUCAAAAACCCGGCUCUGGAAUCUGCUCCAAACCUGCUAGCCUCUAUUACCAUGCAACGACUCAACGAUCUCAACAACCAGCUCUCAGAAUUCACGAAAUCGCCGCAUUUCGUAGCUGUCACAGAAUAUGCGCUGUUCUGGCCCGCUAACGAGACGGAGGACUCUCUCUUCCAAAAAUUUCAAAGAUCGGUCGACGCGACUAUGCCGUCCUCCGAGCUGGAUAUCUGGAACGACUGGAUUGUGAAAACGAAUAUCUUCGAGGACUACGAGGGACUAUUCGACGACUUGCAGCUGCCUGUCGACCUUAAUUACAUGUAAGCUAGACUAUUUAUGUUCUAGGUAACCGCACGCCCUCCUGUUCUUGCGUGUAGCUGCCACUCAUCACGCUGUCCUCUAUAAGCUGUUGUCGACGAAGUUCCUCCUCGCGACGCACCACGUUCUCAAACUCAAGCACAGCACGCUCGGUACGGAAGGAUGCCGCUGCAGCAAUCCAAAUAGUGUGGUAGAAAAUGCGGAUCCGCAAUCCGAAAGCCCGAUAGAAUGGAGACCUCCACCUGAGGAGCAAUUCCGUGGGAACUGAGAUCAACGCUCCGUACAUGCCGCCAAUAAAAAUAGAUUUGAGGAUGACCGACCGUAAUCGGCCAAUGCGCUCCUCUGAGUGGUGCGCAAGCUUUCGUUGGGUGGACAUAAUUGAUAAUGGAAAUAAGUAAAAUAAAUCAAAUACCGAGCGAGGGGUGUGGAUCGACGCGUCGGUUUAGUCCAGAGAUUUAAGCACCUGGGCCCGAACAAUCUCAUCGAACUUGUCGCGGUUCUCACGCCAAAGCUUUGCAGCGUCGAUGUUGGCGGGUGAGUUUGGGUUCGGUUCAGCCAGCAUCGAGCACACACUUAACAGGAUCUUCUCCACGCUUUGCAAAGGGCCCCACCUCUCGUCUGCCGACUCAUACUGUAGUGGGUCGUCUCCUGGUGGGUGUAAGAUGCUGAUGCACACGGUGCCGUCUUUAUAGAUGUUUGGGUGAAGGAUCUCGGAUGUGAACUUCAUCUUGGGCGGGGACAGCGGGUAAUCUGCCGGGAAAUCCAUCUCCGCUUCGAACACACCGUUUUCAUAAACUGUACCGGGAGGACCUUCCAAAAUACAGCGCCAUCUGAAAAGGUUGUCUUCCGUAAUGGGACCUGCAACAAUGCCAUCGGUCGGAGACUUUAGAAGUUCUUGGAAUUCCUUCAACAGACGGCGCUGUGCUGUGGAGAUCUU